AAAAAGUCACCUUUGGCCUUUGCGAUGCGGGAGCAAAGCGGCGGUGCUCCAGCUCAGAGCUUGCCCAGCCCCCCACACGCCAAACCGGCCUGCCUCAGUUCAGCAAGGCGGGGGGCGGGAGAAGUGCGGCUGUUGCUGAAUACCCUGCUCUUGCGGCUGGCAUUUCACCUACGCCGUAUUGAAAGUGCAGUCGUCGGGCAGUCUUUUUGACAUUUCUUGGGAUGUUGCUAUCACCCACAUCUCUUUAAAUAGUGGUUUCCACCGCUUUUGUGGUACAAGUUUUCCCAGCAGCAGCAGCUAAUCACAAAGGCGUCCAGUCAGCUACUAGCCGAUGUUAGCUAACAGUAUGCUAGCUUGCUAACAACACAGCCGGUGAGGACGGGCACAUCCUUGCGCAGCCGUUACGCGCGUUAAUCUCCGCUGACUCUCCGUAUCAUAUGUUCGCUGUUUUGUGAAAACAGUUCAGUGAAUGAAUUGGCUGUCGCCACUCAUGACCGGGAUACUCCAAGCAACAAUUCUGCAAAGCUUAGCGGGCUCAGUUGCAUGUUUUUCAGCUCCCCACGACGGAGCUUCGCUUUGAUACACGGAGGGAUGGUGGUGGACAUGCUAACGCUGCUCCGUCUGUGUGAAGAAGUGAGUGCGUGAAGAAGAGAGGAAACGCUGUAGCCAAGUGGGAGUUGUCGGUUUUGUUUAUGAUAAUUGCAAUUCCGGGGUGGACGAACCUGACAAUACUUGAACGCGGCUGAACUGAAACUGGGAAUAUCGCGAACAGACCGAAGGGAUUAUUUUUGUGUCUAUUAAGUGGAUUUUCGGCCUCCUCAUUCAGGGUCGUCGAGGGAACACCGUAAGUGUUUUUUGACAUUGAGUGAACCCACAAGACAUUUCCCUGUCCCAGCGACCUUCCCCACUGCCCCACUCUCCGAUGCGGAGAUUUCAGUAGCACCGGCAACCAAACCCCCCACGGCGGCCGGACAUGCUGAAGUGUAUCCCCUUGUGGCGCUGCAACCGCCACGUCGAGUCGCUGGACAGGCGGCACUGCAACUUGCAGACUGUCCCUGAUGAGAUAUUCCGCUACAGUCGCAGCCUGGAAGAGCUUCUCCUCGAUGCAAACCAACUCAAAGAGCUACCAAAGCCUUUCUUCAGACUACUGAACCUUCGGAAGCUUGGCCUGAGUGACAAUGAGAUCCAGAGACUCCCACCUGAGGUGGCCAACUUCAUGCAGCUGGUGGAGCUGGACAUAUCCAGAAACGACAUUCCUGAGAUCCCCGAGAGCAUUAAGUUUUGCAAGGCCUUGGAGAUCGCAGACUUCAGUGGGAACCCCCUCUCCAGAUUGCCAGAUGGUUUCACUCAGCUCAGAGCGCUCGCUCACUUGUCGCUCAAUGAUGUGUCAUUGCAAAUGCUGCCCAACGACAUUGGAAACCUGGCCAACCUGGUGACGUUGGAGCUCAGGGAGAACCUGCUGAAGUCUCUGCCCUCGUCUCUGUCUUUCCUGGUGAAACUGGAACAACUGGACCUGGGCAGCAAUGUACUGGAAGUUUUGCCGGACACUCUUGGUGCCCUCCCCAACCUGAGGGAGCUGUGGCUGGACCGUAACCAGUUAUCCUCAUUACCACCAGAGCUUGGGAACCUCCGGAGACUGGUGUGUCUGGAUGUGUCAGAGAAUCGUCUGGAGGAGCUUCCCUCCGAGGUCAACGGCCUCCUGGCUCUCACUGACCUGCUGCUCACACAGAACCUGCUGGAGGUCAUUCCAGACAGCAUAGGUUGUAUGAAACAGCUGUCAAUCCUGAAGGUGGACCAAAACAGACUGACCCAAUUAACCGAUUCCAUAGGAGAGUGUGAAAACCUCACAGAACUCGUCUUGACAGAGAACCUUUUACAAACACUUCCUCGCUCUCUGGGCAAACUGAAGAAGCUGACCAACCUGAAUGUAGACCGUAACCGCUUGGGCAGCGUUCCCAAAGAACUGGGCGGAUGUGCCAGCCUCAACGUUCUCUCACUGAGAGACAACCGCCUGGACAAACUGCCUGCUGAGCUUGCAGACGCUACUGAGUUGCAUGUGCUGGAUGUGGCUGGAAACAGAUUACAGAACUUGCCUUUCGCUCUGACAAACCUCAAUCUGAAAGCCAUGUGGCUCGCAGAGAACCAGUCACAGCCAAUGCUCAAGUUCCAGACGGAGGAUGAUGAGCGAACAGGAGAGAAGGUGUUGACGUGUUAUUUACUGCCACAGCAGCCUUCGCCGAGCUUAGAAAACCUGUUACAGAACAGUGUGGAUGACAGCUGGACAGACAGCAACUUGAACAGAGUGUCAGUCAUUCAGUUCCAGGAAGAGACCAAGCCUGGGGAGGAUGAUGAUGACGCUGCAGCAGAGUACACGGGUCUCCAGCGCAGAGCCACACCACACCCCAGUGAGCUGAAGGUGAUGAAGAAGGGCAUUGAGGACAGGAGGAACGAGGCUUACUCAUCCAGACCUGAAGGAGAAGAGUCACCUGACCCACAGGAGAAACGGCUUAGUGACCUCUCCAACCAAAGCCACGACUCCCAGGUGUCCAACAGCACACUGUCAGCUACUUCCCAUGAGGACAGACACACUGUGACUGCCACCUCGCACCAGAGGGAGGACCUUGUGGAUGGCCACUUCCCUCAUGAGGAGGAAGAGCUGGAUGAGAUGGAAGUGGAGUACAUUGAGCCCACUGUGCACUUUGCAGAAGAGCCAAUCAUCCGUGGUGGGGAUGAAGACGAGGAUGAGGAUGGGGAAGACGGCGAGAGGACUGACGAGGAAGACGAGAGGCCGCCUCUCCCUGCAGAGAAGCAGCGUCUGAUCAGAAAGGACACGCCGCAUUACAAGAAGCACUUCAAGAUCACUAAGCUGCCCAAGCCCGAAGCUGUGGCCGCGCUGCUGAAGGGCUUCAGCCCCGACAGCCUCAACUCUCCAACAAAGGCUGCUGAGGAGGAGGACGAGGAGGAGGAGGAGGAAGAGCACAGUAUUGGCACCCCUCAGCACCAUCACAGAGUGGAGGAUCUGGAGGACAGCCGGCAACAGGUCAACUCCAGCCAAGUGAAGGGGGUGUCAUUUGAUCAAGUCAAUAAUCUGCUGAUUGAACCUGCUCGAAUUGAGGAGGAAGAGCACACCAUCAACAUCCUACGACAAACAGGCGGCCUGGGUAUCAGCAUCGCUGGAGGGAAAGGCUCCACACCUUACAAGGGAGAUGAUGAGGGAAUCUUCAUCUCCAGAGUGUCUGAAGAGGGUCCUGCAGCCAGAGCAGGGGUAAAAGUGGGAGACAAACUCUUAGAGGUAAAUGGAGUAGACCUCCAUGAGGCAGAACAUCACACAGCGGUGGAAGCCCUCCGUAGCUCUGGUGCUACUGUUUCCAUGACAGUGCUACGGGAGCGUAUGGUGGAACCGGAGAACGCCAUCACCACCACGCCCCUGAGGCCAGAGGACGACUACUUCCCACGGGAGAGACGCAGCAGCGGCAUCGCCUUCAACAUGGAGCCGAGUCUCAGCGGGCCCCGGCAGCGGUUUUCCACCUCCCUUUUCCGCAACGACAAGGGCCUGGGAUUCAGCAUCGCCGGGGGAAAAGGCUCCACGCCAUACCGCACAGGAGACACGGGAAUUUACAUUUCUCGCAUAGCAGAGGGAGGAGCUGCAGACAGAGACAGCACACUGCGUGUAGGCGACAGGGUGAUUUCUAUCAAUGGUGUAGACAUGACAGAGGCCAGGCAUGACCAGGCAGUAGCGCUCCUUACCGGCACCUCCCCCACAAUCGCUCUCCUGGUGGAGCGAGACCCGAACACAUCGGGUGGGUCUCCAGGUCAGUCCCGGGCACGUGCCCACUCCCCCCCACCUCCAGAACCCUCAGAUUCUCCAGACCAGGACGAGGAAGGUCUAACUCCUCAUGGAAACCACCUGAGUCAGAUGGAAGAUGAAUAUCCAAUCGAGGAAGUGAUCCUAAUGAAAUCAGGCGGCCCUCUUGGCUUGAGUAUCGUGGGAGGCAGUGAUCACGCCAGUCACCCUUUCGGCAUCAAUGAGCCUGGGGUUUUCAUCUCAAAGGUGAUUCCUCAUGGUCUGGCAUGUGAAAGUGGCCUACGCGUUGGGGACCGAAUAUUGGAGGUGAACAGCAUCGACCUGCGUCAUGCCACCCACCAGGAGGCAGUGCGCGCCCUGCUGGCCAACAAGCAGGAGAUCCGUAUGUUGGUGCGCAGGGACCCGUCACCGCCUGGGAUGCAGGAAAUUGUCAUCCAGAAGCAGCCGGGGGAGAAGCUCGGCAUUAGUAUUCGUGGAGGUGCCAGAGGUCACGCUGGAAAUCCCCUUGACCCCACAGAUGAGGGAAUCUUCGUCUCUAAGGUCAGUUCAGCUGGAGCAGCGGCAAGAGACGGCCGACUGCAGGUCGGCAUGCGGAUCCUGGAGGUGAACAACCACAGCCUGCUGGGGAUGACGCACACAGAGGCGGUCCGAGUGCUUCGUGCUGUGGGAGACUCUCUGGUCGUGCUAGUGUGCGACGGUUUUGACGCACAGAAAGUGGCGGCUGUGGAGGCAUCUCCUGGCAUCAUUGCAAACCCAUUUGCAACAGGCAUUGUACGAAAAAACAGUAUGGAAAGCAUCUCUUCUAUAGAUCGUGAUCUGAGCCCAGAGGAGAUGGAAAUCAUGCAGAAGGAGUCUGAGAUGGUGAGAGAGACGUCGCAGUGGGAGCGAGAGGAGAUGGAGAAAGUGGAGCAAAUGCGCUUGGAGCGUGAGGAGGCAACUCGCCUGCUAGAAGAGGAGACCGAGAAUAUUGGUACUGGACCUCUAAAACUUGACUACAAAACCUUGGCUGCACUUCCCACCACCAGUCUACAGAAGAUAAACAGGUUCUCUACCUCUGCUACUGUGACUGCUCCCAUGGCCGCCCCCCUGCAGGCCCAGUAUGGAGCCCCUUUAGAGCCUCUGGGCUUCAGCUUAGGUCACCCCACAAAUCCCCUCAGCCACACGGACCCCGAGUCCUGCCCCGGUCUAAAUGUAGAGCACGAUUUCCUUAAUGGAUCCCAGUUCCCCGCUAAUGGAACAUCAACUGCUGACAGCGCGGGCUCGUCGACAACCAUUAAUUCGACAACAUUUGAACCUGAAGAGGAGGGCGAGGAGUGUCUGGUGGACUCUCAGCCUAUCUGCUUCAAAGAGAACCCUUUCUUGGUGGCCAAUCGCAAAGGAAAAGGGCUUCCUCCUGGAGAGAAGGUCCUCUCGGGCCCACCUGUGGGCUACGGGAAACAAGGCCAACUGCAGCCAUGGUUGUUCAGCAAGGCACCUUCAUCUGAUUUCACCAGUCCCAUCAGAGAAACACCCUACUCCCCCACUAUUCAGCCGCCCAGCCACCACACUUCCAACAGCUCCCUGUGUGCAGGCAGGGAGACCCGCUUCGCAAACAUUCAUUAUUCCUCCACUCCCACUGCAAAGGACAACGUGUCACCAUCCUCAUCAUCAUCAACGCGACCAGGUGCCAUCCAGCCCGUUGGCCGUGUGUGGUCGAGCACCUCUCCUGCCACUCCUGAUGGCCACAGUCCCAACCCCUUUCAGCAUGGCCCCUCCCCCUUCAACUCCCAGACCUCUCCUCGAGCCCCCUCCCCCACCUCCAACGACGAGUUCCCCAUGAAUGUCAAGCAGGCAUACAAGGCGUUUGCCGCCGUGCCUCGCUCACUGGCAGUGCUGGAGCCGCCGCAGGACCUGUAUGAUGUGAGGAACAAUUUUCACCCAAAGCAAAUUUCCCCAGAGCCUGAGUUGAGCAACGAGGUGUUUGAUGAUGACGUAGAUGGUCAGAAGGGAGCCGGUAAGGGUCUGACCAGUGAGGUCUCCCCUAGACCGUCACUCACAUCUGACCGUCGGGAGUAUUUGAGUCUGGCAGCAGUGCCUCGUCUCUCCAGGCCUUCAAUGGACCUGCAGAGUCCAUCACCUGUCGGUAAGGACAGCCCAGAGCAACGCUCAUUCAGAGACAGACAGAAGUAUUUCGAGAUCGACGUGAAGCAGCAAACUCCCGAGAAACCCAAACCUCGAGUCUCUCUUGUUGGAGAGGAUGACCUCAAGAAAAUGAGGGAGGAAGAAGCGAGGAGGUUUGACCAGCGUGCGCAGGAAUACCUUAUGGAUGAAGAUGAGGAGGAUGAGGACGACGACUUGUCCAAGCAGGUGGCUCAGAUGAAAGCCACCGGCAAGGUGUUGCUGGAUGGUGUGGAGUAUAAAGUGGAGCCGUUGUCCUCCCCAUCUCCACACUGCUCCACUCCUCCAAGCUACUGCGGCAGCUCAGGACCCCCAUCAGUUGACGGUAAGGGAGACUCUCAGAGGAACUCACUGGACGACAGCUUCAGACUGGAUCAGAGACCAAACUCCAUGACUGGUCUGAUUCCAGUGUACCCUGGGGAGUCGUCAGCUCCCAUCCGGACGGCCAAAGCUGAGCGCAGACAUCAAGAGAGGCUCCGUAUGCAGAGCCCUGAGCUGGCUGUGGCCCUCGAAAAGGACCUGUCACCUGCUGAGAAACGAGCUCUGGAGGCAGAGAAAAGAGCCAUGUGGAGAGCGGCACGGCCUUGUGGCCUAGAGGAGGAUGUUAGGCAGUAUGAGCAGGACCUGGCUAAAAGGCUCUACCAGGCCCGAGUGAGGGCAUCUGAGGGCACGGCCGCAGCCCCCCAGCCCCCCACCUCCUCCUCUACCUCCGCCUCUGCAGCCUCCCAGCUCAGAAUGAAGUCUCUGGAGCAGGACGCACUGAAGGCUCAGAUGGUCAUUGCCAAGUCUCGGGAUGGGAAGAAACGUGGGACACUAGACCAGCUGACGGAGUCACCAUCGCCUGCACCUACACCCUCUCCUACACCUAUGGAAGAGCUCAGUCCUCGUGGAGUAACCUCACCAGGCAGGCUGUGCCUGUCGGCAAAGAAGUUUGACUACCGACAGUUUGCUGCCAUUCCUUCUUCCAAACCCGUAUACGACAUCCAGUCUCCUGACACAGUCGACGACUUGCAGUUCAUUGACGACGGCUCCAGCAAUCCAGGGCCCACGGCAAAUCCAGAGGCGGAGGUUUCCACGACGACGCUGCCCGCCACCUCAGCUCUGGAGGAAAUGGCCCUGUACAGCAACAAGCGCAAACUGCGUCAGGGCCGUCGCAGCCUGGAAACCGCCGUGCCCACGUAACACCUCCCUCCCACACACACACACAUACACACGCCUGAGAGAAGGAACCUGGACACACAUUUGACAUAACGCUGUGGAAACACUGGCAAACACGCGGGGGCGUGGUCACGCGGUCACUCAACACUACAGUGUCAGUAGAGCGAGAUUUACUCUCACAUUAUAACCACUGCAGAGACUACGGCGCUUCAUAGUUGCCACACACACACACACACACGAACGCCAGUCUUGUCUUUACAGUCUGUGGGUGAGUUGGCGAGUCGCUCAACUGUCCCUCAGCGGCGAGAAAGAACGAGCUGGUGUGGUUUAGUUAGGAAUCGCUACUUACAGACAUUCGUUGUUUUAAUUCACACUCUGCCUAGUAGAAGCUGAUCUAUUUUAACAAGAGGUGACCGAAAUGUUUAGUUUUUUAUUUUUAUUUUUGUCCUUGCUCCGAUGAUUUUUUUUUUUUUUUUAAAGAAAAAAAAAAGAACAUACUGGAAGAGAAAAAGAAAUGGGUCAUAGCUAUUACUAAUGUGUUGAAUGAUAUUUUUAGGCUUUCAGUGAAUAGAUUGUAAAAUGUCAGGGGGUUUAUUUUGAGUCCCGGGCGAAACAAGAGUGUAAAUAUUAACUGAGGAGGGAACGUCCUGCUACCUUCACUGUCAGAAACUGUGGGGAGAUUUCUUUUUAAAACACAGUACAUAUCUUUCUUUUUUUUAUUUCAUUUUGCACUGCUACAAUUCAGCUUUUUAAGAACAUAUAUUAAUUUAUUCUUUUACUCAAAUUGAAGGCCUUUCUAUUUUAUCUCAUCUAAUCCCUCCGUGUUUACAGACACGGUUAAUGAUCUGCCAGUACACUACAGUUAAAUCAUGAAGACAAAGCUUUGACUUUAACGUCCAGUGUGUAAGAAGUAGCGACAUCUACUGGCAGAUUGUAAAAUGGAGGACAACAGUGCCAAUUAAAUGAAUUUUAAUGAAGGAAAAAAACCCUCAAAUCUGCAUUUAUUCGAUUAUUAAUCCAUUACGUCAACUAAUUUUAUAAUAUAUUAUCUAUGUUUAUCUAUAUUUUCAGGUUCUUCGAUGUGAAUAUUGUCUGAUUUCUUUGCUCCUUGUCACAAAAACCCAUUAAAAUUGUAUAAUUUUGGUUUGUGGACAAAACAUCAGCAUGUAGAGGUCCAAAAAACACUGGUCACAUUUUAUUUAUGGACCAAAUGAUUAUCCGAUUAAUCGAGGAAACGACGGACAGAUUAAUCAGUUGAUAAUAACUGUUGCAGCCCUGUGUAUUUUAUCAGAAUUAGGGGCAGUUGUUUUUUAUCAGAUCUGUUUCCCUAAACGUCAAAACAUCUGGUUUUAAUGACUUUUUUUAUAUGGAGCAAAAACAAAACAGAAAAUAUUCACAUUUAAGACAAAUCUAGAAACAUGUUGACACAAAAUGGCGGCCUCUUGCCUAAAGUACAUAUGAAAAGGCUUAUUCUCAGAGGACAACACCUGAACUAUUUUUAUUUUAAAGUGAUUAUAACCUUAUCCAAACAUACUUUUUCGCAGUAUAUUCACUUUCCACUCAUAAACCUUUCUAAAUGUUACACACUGGACCUUAAAUGAAUUGCAUAUUGUUUUAUUAACACAUUUGAAAUGAUCUAGUUUGAGUGAAACAUAUCUAUAAAUCCUUAAAUCCGAUUCUGUGUUACAUUCCCCACGUAAAGAACACAAACACACUGCAGCAUAUUACAGUUAUUUUAAAUCUCAAGGUUUGGGAACAUGCAUCUUCAGCAUCAUUUUACUAAGAAAUGGUACUUGCUCUGUCUCGUUCAGGGUGAUUUAUGUAUUUUUUUUUUUUUCCUUAUUUAAUCAAUGUGAAUCGUUCAUUUCAUUCGUUUUUUUUAUAUCUGGAGGGUUUUUCCAGAGUGUGGGACGUGAAGGUAGCAGGUGUUUUUAUUUUUCUUGUCUGACUAUAGUUAAUUUAAAUCUGAUGCCACUGAGGAAAAAAAAAAAGCAAAGAAAAAAGAUCAUUUAUUGUUGUGUGAAUAAUGUACAAAUACUGAGAGAAAAGCAAACUUCUGGGUGUGAAACUGAGCCGGUCUUGACCUCGACUGUCGCUGACGGGUGUGGGUUUGGUUAUGCUCGUGUUGGGACGCUCUCUGCAUGUAUAUUGGUUUGUGAAUGGGAGAGCAGCGUGAGGCGGAACCCGUCAGAAAUCCCUUCUCUUUCAGCUCGACGUUCUGUCAGUCCAUGACCCGACGGGUAUUUUUUUAGCAGAAUCACGACAUGGUAGCAUUUGUGUUAAUUAAUUAUUGUAGGGUCUUCUAAUUAAAGCUUUCCAUGUUUCUCUCACUGACUGAAAUUCAGUUUGUUUGAUAACAUUUUCAAUGGCUGGUGUUUCUUUUUCUUUAAAAAAAAAAAAAAAAAAAAACUUA